AAACAAAUCAAUCGCCUGCGAACAGCUGUCUAUUUAAUUUUACGAAUUAUUAAACUGACACAUUAAUAAAUAAAUAUAUAUAUAUAUAUAUAUAUUCAGUUUCCAUACAGAGCAACUACUCGAAUAAUGACUGCUAGCUUUUGCACAAUCGAUAAUAUUCUCCCCUUACCCAACAUUACAGAACUGUUGCUACUGAUUUCCUGGAAAAGGAAUAACCCUGCAGGAGCGCACGUGCCAGUGAGCAUCUGAAGCCAAGCCAAGAUGACAAGCCCAAACCGAGACAUCCCCAUCCACAGCUGGCCAGGCUCCUACUACAUCAACAGCGAGAAGCGCUGGGAGGCCGGGACCCUGUCCCUGACCCGCACCAUGCUGCGCUUCACCUCAGACCCGAGCAAAGAGAACCUGGUCGGUUUCCGCCUCACCAGGAUCAUCGAGAUCAAGAUGGAGUCGUCCAGCUUCAUCUUCAGCACUCUGACUGUGUUGGAGCAGGGGAAUCUCAAGCACUGGUUUGGCUCGCUGAGGCCCAACCGGGUGGUGGUCUACAAUGUCCUGGAGCAUUUCUGGAGGGAGAGGUUGUUGUCCCCCUCUACUGAGGUCCAGGGGGUUGAGGCACAGCCCACCAAGAGGAGGGAGCUGAUUAACCUGGUGGUAGGGGCUCAGAGACGGCUAGAGGACACAGGGAAUAUCCUCCACCACCAGGGAGAGCAGUUUGAUAACGUUAUGCAGGGCCUGGACAAGAUCGACUCUAAUCUGGGCGUGGCAGACAAGCUACUGGCUGAACUGGAGUCUCCCCCUUGGUGGCCUUUUGGCAAAUUACCCUGGAAGAGUCAGCAGGAUGCCAAGGCUGAGCAUGCUGCCAGAGAGUCUGCUUGUAAGGGAACAGCAACAGGCAAGCACAGAGUGAUCACCAGCAUACCAGCCAUCGUUUCCAGAGGUGGGGACUCGGACCUGAAGCCUGGCUGCUUGAUGGUGAUGGUCUCCUCAUUAGAAGUCCGAGACACAAACUAUGUGCUCCUCCACCGCUUUGAGAGGGACGAGGUGGAUGACAUCCGGGUUCACAACCCUUAUGAGAUCAGUGUGAGGCAGAGGUUCAUAGGGAAGCCAGACAUAUGCUUCCGACUCCUGUCGGCUAAAAUGCCGGAGGCCAUGUCUGUGCUAGAGAUGCAGUAUAAGAGGAAGGUGGAGUACACGAGUGAGUACUCUGCCUUUAAGACGACCCCAGCCACGACCCCAGGUGACCAGGAUCAAGGUUCAAUAUGGAAUGCAGCAGGCUUGCAGCAGUACCAGGAGACGGAGGUCCCCAGGACGGUCCCAGCAGGAGAGCUUUCCCAGGUGCAUUUGCAUGUCCUUAAGCCAGAGGUAACUCAGGCUGAGGUUCAGGAGCUCCGACAGAUGCUGAUGCAGCUGAAAAACCUGGCUCUGGAGGCUGAGACAGAGCUGGAGAGGCAAGACGAGGCCCUGGAUGUUCUGACCACCUCUACAGACCGGGCCACCAUGCACAUAGACAAACACACCUGCCGCAUGAAGAGACUGCUGUAACUCACACACCAGUCAGCCAGCCAACCGGCUCACUUACAAUGCAAUGCAGAAAUGCACUGUGUAGGUGUCAGUGAAGCCAUCCCCUCCCUCCAUGCACAUGGUUUCCCUCCAGCUCCACCUGUUGCAUGUCCCCAUGUUGCUGCUGAGUAAGCGAUGCAUCGAGUGGGAUCACUGCAUUAUAAUCCAGGUUUGCAGUGGGUAUGUAACAUGUAGCAAAGUCCCUUGGAACUGUGUCGCUUGAAACACACAGAAUACUGUACAGAGCUCCUACUCUAAGUCAAUUCCUAUUCCAUAAUGUACCGUACUAGAAAAAGCAGGCAGCAACUCACAAUAGGUUAUUUCUCUAACAUUGUCACUGGAUUUAGGAAUAUCUGUAUAAUCUUAUGUGUCUAUUAAUGACUCGCAUAUUUUGAUGCUGUAGUGUACUCUAUGUUGUACUGGAAUUUAUUUAUUGUCUCGUUUCAUAUGUGAACUUGCGAUAAACUGUUAUUUAAACUCAAUAUCUGGUAAAUAAUGCUUUUCUCCGUACAUUUCAUGCUAAUGUACUGUAGAGAGCAGAGGAAGUAUUUGAGUGGCGCGUAAUUAUCCAAUAAAAUAUGUUUACAUAGAA